GCGCAUUGCUUAUGUCCCUUUGUUUUCCCGACAAGGCUGAAACGAUAUUGUGUUUGUUGAGACACUUACAUCAUGUACAUGUUAUAGUUAUAGGUAUUGAUAAAUCUUUGUCGCCAUGCCGCUCCCAGCUGCCCUCGCGGCGAGGCUAGCAAAACGAGGUAUUGUAAAGGAAGUGAAGAAGCCUGAGCCAAUACACCCUGCGGAGAUUGAAGAGGUGUUUGCUGAGGAUUACGAUGAGCCGGCUAAACCUGAGCCUGAGGAUCAGGCGCUGCCAACAAAAGCAGUAGAAGACUACGCUCAGCCCGGUGUGCUCCCCUUGAGUUCAGAACCAUUAUUGUAUGAGGCUGCUGCUUGUCCAAACAGAGCCAACCCCUACCAUCAGUGUGAAGCCUACUGCAGAAAAAGAUAUGGCCUGAGAGAGUUCAAGACAGAUCCAGUCAUGCUGAAGAGAAGAGAUCGCCAUCUGCGGAAAUACCCACUUCCCGAGGGCUGGCAGGAAGUUGCUGAUCCAAGCACGGGGCGCUACUACUACUGGAACCUGGUGACUGACCAAGUAGCCUGGCUGUCCCCCUCUCACCCCAAGGCCCAGAUCACACUGCCAGCUGAAAAGCUACAAGCUGUGCUGGGCAAGGUCGGGGGCAUACUGGACAUGGAUGAACACAGUGAUGAAGAAGACAUGGACACAGGCAAAGCAAUGAGUGACGACAGUAGUUCCGACUCAGAGGAGGAAGUGGAGCAGAGGCGACGACGUGAUAGACGUGAGAGGGACCGCGACUGGGACCGUGAGCGUGAUAGGGACCGCAGUCGGGACCGGGAUAGAGAUCGAGACAGGGACAGGGAUCGGGACAGGAGGAGGCGAGAUGAUAGAAAAGGCCGGGGAAGAGAUGGCCUUGACCCCAUGGAUCCGGCUUCAUAUUCGGACAUUCCUCGAGGGGGCUGGUCUGAUGGACUUGAUCAGCGGGGCAAGGCCAAAACGGGCGUGGACGUGACAGCAUCGGGGCCUCUCUUCCAGCAGCGUCCCUACCCCAGCCCGGGUGACGUACUGAGAGCAAACAGGGCCAUCGCGGACAAGAAGGCAGAUACAUGACCUCACAAUCUGAGGAGCAACAAACUGAGAGGAUGUUUUUUCUGUCAUAACAUUUUUGUACCUGAGAAAACAUUGAUAACAAGGAUUAAAACAAGAUACACUGAUAACAGCAAUGUAAGUUGUAUGAGGUUUUAUGUAAUGUAUGGUGUGAAUAAAAUACAUGUGUACAAGCA